AUCUGAAACUGACUUCAGCCUCGCUCCAACCCAGUCUUAUGUCAUCCACUACAGUUUAGCGGUGACCCGGUUCAGCUGAGGGCGGAAACACACAGGAGUGGGACGGGACCGCUAAGUUAGCAGGCUAAGCUAACGCGUCAAAGAUCUGUUGGCAACAACUCGACACGAUGCUCACCCGCAUGUUAUUCAACCUCCUCAACAACCUCCAUGUCGUCGAGAAGUUGGCAGAGUCUCGUCCGAUUCGCAGGGCGGCCCAGAUCACAGCCUACGCCAUCACCAAGGCUCAGAUAGCCGGCCGGGACGCCUCGGAGCGGGUCAUGCGGUCACAGACGCUGCGGCAGGUCCGGGAUGAGGCCGGCAGAGUCCCCGGUGACCUGGGAGAAGUGGGCAGCCGCAUCCGGAAGGUCGGAGAGACAUUUGUGAAUGAAGUGAAGGAGGGAUGGAAGGACGGCUCCAGACAGAUCAAGAAAUAAAGAGGACAGACCGGCUGGAAAGAGACUGAGAGGCCACCAGUAACUUGUGUGACCCAGUUAUUGAUGAGAUGACAACAUCUGGUGUGUCUCAAAAUGACCGGAGGACGAAAAACGGAUGUACAAACAAUCUGCCUCAGUAAUGCAUGACUACAACUGCAACCAUCAGGAAGUUUAUGUUGGACAUUGAUCAGUCAGAAAUUGAGGUUGUUAAUAGUUGUUAAAGUGUAGAGGUCAACUCUGACCUGAAAUCUAAGGCCAGAUAUACUUAGUAAAUCAUUUAAAUUCACCAUAUUCACAUUUCCAAGAAUACAUGAAAAUGUAAAGUUUCCAUCUUUCAGAAAAUCUGUGGAAACGCAGGAACUGUCUUGGAGACUUUAGUCAAAGUUUGUAUAAGUGUGGAAAUUUUAAGUGCACUUUCCUAAAGUAAGCUGAAAAUUACCUGAUUUCAAUAAGGACAGACUCCUGGCACUGAUGUUUAUCAAUGGCCUCUUCACAUUAAUCUCUGAUACAAAACCAGAAACUGGUAGUUCAACAAAUGAUUUCAUUUUCCUUCCACCCAUGGCACAAAUCCUGCUGAAAAGCUUCCACGGAUCUGUACAUGAAGUUGUCUUGGUAAAUAUUUUUAUUGGUCCAAAAUGUAUAGAGAAAGAUGUUAUGAUGAAAUGUAUAGACAAUGAAUUCACUGUUUUUCUGACUGUAUAAAUAAAGAUAAUUUAUAACAGCACUUCGACUGCCAGAUGAUAUUAGUUGCCGAUGAUGUACUCUCAGGACAUAAAGCUUUAAGUGUAAAGAUAAAAAAUACAUAAAUAAAAAUUUCCACAUUUUAGAGUCCCUGCAAAUCUUUAAAAAGUCUUCAAAGGAAUUGAAU